AUGGUUUACAGCGAGCAAGUGAAUGGUGUCUUUUGCAUUGCUCGUGGAAUUUUCGUUGCUAAAGUGUCCAAGGGGAAGUGUGUAUGCAAGCCAUUUCGUAAUUGGAACAAGAAAGGAGAAAAAGCAAAGGAGCACGAGCAGUGCUUAUACCAUCAUCAAGCCAUUGAGCAAGCUGAUAACUUCAAGCGAACCUUGGAGAAUCCAGAUACUACCAUUACUGCACAGUCGGACACCCGCAGGGCGGCCAAUGUCGCGCGCAACCGUGCUGUCCUAAAGUCCAUUGCUUCUGCUGUGUUGUACUGCGCCAGACAGUGCAUUGCUUUACGUGGAGACGCAGAGAGUGUGGAAUCCCCUGGAAAUCCAUGUAAUUCUCUUUCUUUGCUGAGGCUUUUGGCAGUGCACGAUGAAGAGUUAAGAAAGUACCUGGAAAUUCCUGCAAUGCGAUGUGCAACUUAUCUUUCUCCUCAAACACAAAAUGAGCUGAUUAUAGUCAUGGGAAACCACAUCCUCUUACAGGGAAUAAUAGGUGAUUUGACAGCUGCGCCCUUUUACGCCAUCCUUGCUGACGAGGUAACUUCGCAUAACGUUGAGCAUCUUGCCAUCUGCGCCAGAUGGUAUCUUGGCUUUCUGGAAGAGAAUAACAUACCACUUGCUACUAUGCGUGGUCAAGGCUACGACGGCGCAAGCAAAAUGUCUUCAGAUCGGGUGGGUGUCCAGGCCAGGAUUAGAGAUAAAGCUCCUUUAGCCAUCUACGUACACUGCAGUGGCCACUGUCUUAACCUUGUGAUAAGCAAGUCAUGUGCUCUUCCUGAAAUACGUAAUGUGAUCAAUUGCGUUAAAAGACGCAGCCGUUUCUUUCUCAAUAGUCCAAAGAGAAGUGGUGUUCUAGAGAUGAUCAUCAACCACGAUGUGGUCAAUGAAGAGAGGAGGAAACCACUGAUCGAUCUGUGCAAGACGCGAUGGGCUGAGCGGCAUUAG